CAGGGUUGGGAACAAUAUGGGAUGCUGGAGAACAAGCCCAGGUCAGUAGUAUGCAAGGUGGAGAAGUCUUGAAAGGUAUCUGACAGAAGAAAGUGGAGGGUUGUGUUUCCCAGCUGGGAGCAUGCAGACGCCCACUUAUUGUAGGAUUUGCUUUGUCACAAAGGAGAGGCCCCUCAAUAGAGCAUGCCUGCUUCUGAGCCAUGCCACAGUACCCAGCUCGCCAGAGUUCUGAAGCUUAGGACUAAAAAAGUCUUUAAAGGCACAAAAAUAUCUGCAAAAUCAGGAUCUUAACCAUGGUAACGAAUGUGACAAGUCACAAGUCCCUGUUGAUACUCCUGUUUCUAGCAGCCUCCUGGAUCACUUACACAGUGUAUCAGAAGUCCAUCAAGUGGUGCAGAGAGACCCGCUUCAUAGUCACUACCUCACCACUGGGACCAGCAGCGUCUGAACCAAGAAUCCAGAGGAUUGUGACGGACCUGAACCAGUUCAUCCCACCCCGGCCCUUCACUCAUGUCAGCUCCACCACCAGUGCCACACAGAGCACAGCCACCAUCCUCCACCCUCGAGACACAUACUGCAGGGGUGACUGGCUGGAGGUCCUGAUCCAGGCGAAAGACCACUUGGGGCACAGGAAGAAAUAUGGCGGGGACUUCCUGAGGGCAAGGAUGUCUUCCCCAGACCUGAGGGCUGGUGCCUCAGGAGAGGUGACUGAUUUCCACAAUGGUACCUACCUCGUUAGCUUCUCUCUGUUCUGGGAGGGUAAAAUCUCCCUGUCUGUCCGGCUCAUCCACCCCAGCGAAGGGGUAUCAGCCCUCUGGAGGGCCAGGAACCAAGGCUAUGACAAGGUGAUUUUCAUGGGCCAGUUUGUCAGUGGGACCACCUAUGUCAGCACUGAAUGUGGCUUCGCUCUAAACUCAAGUGCUGAAGUGUGUGAAUACCUGGAUGUCCGAGACCACGAAGCCUUCUACUGCGUAAGGCCUCCGGGCCUGCCAUGUGCAGCACUUACCCAUAUGUAUUCCAAGAACAAAGAUGUUUCCUACCUCAGCAAACAAGAAAAGAGCCUCUUUGAGUGGUCCAAUGUAGGGGUAGAAAUUAUGGACAGUUUCCCCACUAUCAUUGUCUCCACAUGCAACCGGAAAGUAGUUCCAGUGAAAGAAAAAUGCAAAUUUGGAAUGGCAGCCACAAUUCCCAGUGGGCAUGUCUGGAAAGACGCAUGGAAUCCUGUGUCCUGCAAUCUAGCCCCAGUCGAAAUGAGAAAAUGCUUGAAAGGCAAGCUCCUUCUCCUACUGGGUGAUUCCACCAUCCGCCAAUGGAUUGAGCACUUCAUAAGCAACAUGAAAACACUCAAGUCAGUGGAUUUGCAUGAAUCUGGGAAACUGAGAAACCAACUUGCUGUUGACUUGGAUGGGAAUAUCAAGAUUCGUUGGCAAAAACACAGUUACCCCUUGAUCGGCUCACUGAUCUAUUCAGUCAAAGAGAUGGAGUACAUUGCUCGCACCAUUGACAGAACUGGGGGAGGCAAAAAUACCAUCAUUGUGAUUUCUCUGGGUCAACAUUUCCGGCCCUUCCCCAUUGAUGUUUUUAUUCGAAGGGCCCUCAAUAUCCACAGAGCUGUCCAGCGCCUUCUCCUAAGGAGCCCAGACACUCGAGUAUUCAUAAAAGCAGAAAAUAUCAGGGACCUGAACUCUGACGUGGAGAGAUUUGCUGACUUCCAUGGUUACAUCAAUUAUCUUGCCAUAAAGGACAUUUUUCAGGAUCUCAAUGUGGGCUUCAUUGAUGCCUGGGAUAUUACAAUUGCAUAUGGCACAAAUAAUGUCCACCCACCUUCCUUUGUGGUUAAAAAUCAGAUUUCUCUAUUUUUAAACUAUAUUUGCUAGAUAGCACACAUCUUUGAACUUUACUUACUUAGCUUAAACCACUGAAGUGUCUGCUAUCAUUCAAAUGCUGCACUUGUUCUGAGCCUCCAAUGGUCAUGAAACUGGACAAUAGUGGAGCCAUAAUCCACUUAUUCUAUCAAAUCAACUAUUUCUAAUGAGGGCAUCCACUUAACUUUGCUUUUUUAGGAUGUCAUGUGUGUUUUGGGCCACACGUGGCAGUGCUCAGGGAUCAA